AUGAGGGCACAGGCGCACCUCUCCCUGGCCGCCAUGCUCGUUCUUGCCACUGUAGGGUGCAUGCCGGCGGCGGCGCAGGACUACGAUUUCUUCUACCUCGUGCUGCAGUGGCCGGGGUCCUACUGCGACACGAAGCAGAGCUGCUGCUACCCGCGGUCCGGCAAGCCCGCGGCGGACUUCGGGAUCCAGGGAAUGUGGCCCAGCCGCGACGACGGGACCUACCCACAGGACUGCAACCCCGACAGCAAGUUCGACCCCUCUAAGGUGAGCGACCUGCUGAGCAGCCUGCGCACCAACUGGCCGUCCCUGGCAUGCCCCAGCGAGGACGGGCUCCAGUUGUGGGCGCGCGAGUGGGAACAGCACGGCACCUGCGCUCAGAACCUCUUCAACGAGCACGGCUACUUCCAGGCCGCGCUCCACCUUCGCGACCAGCUCCGCGUCCUGGACGCCCUCGCCUCUGCCGGCAUCUCGCCCGACGGCGGCUACUACACGCUCAGCGCGAUCAGGGAUGCGAUCCGGGAGGGGACGGGGUUCGAGCCGUUCGUGGCCUGCAACCGCGACGAGUCCGGUAACAGCCAGCUCUACCACCUCUACUUCUGCGUCGACGCAGCCGCCUCACGGAUCGUGGAGUGUCCCAUCUCGCCCACCGCAAGGCCAUGUGGCAACAGGAUCGAGUUCCCUGCUUUCUAA